AGAGUCGUUUCUGAGGCCCUGCCCCGUCUCACUGGCGUGCCGCCCCUGCAACAACUGAGCUCUCACUCAACUUGCGCUCGAUUGCCCAGCCACCUUCUACCGCCUGAUCACCAACCCAGUCCACACUUCCUUUGCGGAAAUCACCUUCUGCUCACUCCAAGUCUUUCCAAUCAGUAGCUUUAGAAACCAAAACCCUAGCGUGUUCUGUCUGUUCUCUUACAGACUUCCCUCAGCUCCGCCGGUUUUUUUUUUUUUUUUUUUUUUUUUUCGGAUUGCUCGCAGCGGAUUUCCGAAGCUUUCGUUUGUGGAGCGUUUGCCGAGUUUCUGAGAUUCUGUGUUUUGGGCAGUGGUGGGUUUUUGGAAUUGUGUGCUGGAGUGAUUCGUGGGCCUUAUGACAAGCUAGGGUUUGGGUGUUGGAGUGUGUGUGUUGACAGUUGUUGUAAGAUAAUUGUGGAUGUGUAGUGGAGUCUUUGUGAGAAAAUUCGUGAUCGGUGAAGUGUGAAUUUGGAAGUUCACAUUGGUUGUUUCUUGUCUGGGCGUGAGGGAGUGGAUUGCUUUUCAGCAUGCUCGUAGUUGGCAAGGUAGAGAGGAUUAUUUGACCUAAGGUGUGGAGGGAAGAGGAUAGCCAUGUACAGCAACUUCAAAGAGCAGGCUAUAGAGUAUGUGCGACAAGCCGUAGCGGAGGACAACGCAGGAAACUAUGCCAAGGCCUUUCCGUUGUACAUGAACGCGCUUGAGUACUUCAAGACUCAUCUGAAGUAUGAGAAGAAUCCCAAAAUCAAGGAGGCCAUCACUCAGAAGUUCACGGAGUAUUUGAGAAGGGCAGAGGAGAUUAGAGCGGUAUUGGAUGAUGGUCCUACUGGACCCACUGCGAAUGGGGAUGCGGCCGUUCAAGCUAAACCGAAGUCGAAAGCAGGGAAAAAAGAUGGAGGAGGUAGAGGAGAUGGUGAUGGCGACAGCGAGGAUCCUGAGCAGCAGAAGCUGAGAUCAGGGCUGAAUUCGGCGAUUAUUCGGGAAAAACCAAAUGUUCGGUGGGCCGAUGUAGCUGGUCUCGAAAGCGCGAAGCAGGCGUUGCAAGAGGCGGUGAUUUUGCCCGUCAAGUUUCCUCAAUUUUUCACAGGGAAGCGGAGACCGUGGCGAGCAUUUUUGUUAUAUGGGCCACCUGGGACUGGAAAGUCGUAUCUUGCAAAAGCAGUUGCUACGGAAGCUGAUUCUACAUUCUUCAGUAUUUCCUCUUCUGACUUGGUGUCAAAGUGGAUGGGAGAGAGCGAGAAACUUGUUGCAAAUCUGUUUCAAAUGGCCCAUGAAGCUGCUCCAUCCAUUAUUUUCAUAGAUGAGAUUGAUUCCUUAUGCGGUAUUCGAGGUGAAGGAAAUGAGAGUGAGGCUUCACGUCGUAUCAAGACUGAGUUGCUAGUUCAAAUGCAGGGUGUCGGAAAACAAGACACUAAAGUUCUUGUGUUAGCUGCUACAAAUACACCCUACUCUUUGGAUCAAGCUGUGAGGCGACGUUUUGACAAGCGUAUCUACAUCCCUCUACCCGAGUUUAAGGCUCGGCAGCACAUGUUUAAGGUUCAUUUGGGAGAUACACCAAACAACUUGACUGAACGCGAUUAUGAGGAUCUGGCCAGGAAGACUGAUGGAUUUUCAGGUUCAGAUAUUGCGGUUUGUGUGAAAGAUGUGCUUUUCGAGCCUGUCCGCAAGACGCAAGAUGCUAUGCAUUUCAAAAAAGUCCAUACAAAAGAUGGGGAAAUGUGGAUGCCUUGUGGUCCCCGAGAAGCAGGAGCUAGGCAAACUACCAUGACAGAGCUUGCUGCUGAAGGAUUAGCUUCGAAGAUCCUACCGCCUCCUAUAACGAAGUCGGAUUUUGACAAAGUCCUCGCAAAGCAAAGGCCCACUGUCAGCAAGGACGAUCUAAUAAUCCAAGAGAAAUUUACCAAAGAGUUUGGUGAAGAAGGUUGAAGGAUGCCUUUUGCUAAGAAUUUGGAGAGUACUGGGUUAUUUAUUACAGAUGAGAAAAAUGUUUUGACAAUUGACUCCGAAGCUGUUCCGAUCUGCUAAGCCUUAGGUCCUCUUUCCAAAGGAAGAGAAAUCGAAUAGUUCUCGGUUGCGCUGUAACGCAGUCGCAACGAUCAAGGAGAAAUGUUCACACUGUCAUAACGUUAAGUCAUUGUUUAUACAUUGGAAAAUAUAAUGUGGUUUAUUCAUCUA